AGAUUCGAUUACUUGGAGAGGAUACAAUGCUUAGAGCAUCUCUAGUGGAUGGUGUAAAUUUGGACGUGUAUAUCUCCAUAUACACGUCCAUAUACACCUUGCUAAAAUAUACACCUCUCAGCUUUUCAGUGGAACGUGUAAAUUUGGACGUGUAUAUUCCAACGGCUAUAUUUUCAAACGGCUAUAUUUCCAACGGCUAUAUUUUCAACGGUCGUAUUUCUAGUCUAUAUAAACCACCCCUACCAUCUCUCUUCUAGCACUUCUAUCUGUGACUUCUCUUCUCACCUAGAUUUCUCUAUCGUCUCUCACGCAACACAAUGAACACAUCCACUUUGGACAUGAGUUCUUUGUCAUCUUCAUCUGGCGACGAUGAACUCAUACUUGCAGCAUUCGCCGAGCGCGAGGAGGAAGAGAGGAUGAACGCUCGACGCCAUGGCGGUUCCAAGCAUGGACGUCAAACAAUCAAUCGAGGAAGAGAUGCCGGAUUUGUUCUUCUGUGGGACGACUACUUCAAAGAAGUUCCUCGCUAUCCCGAACAUUUGUUUCGACGAAGAGGUUCAUUUAGGAUGUCCCGUAAUUUGUUCAAACGCAUAGCCAAUGGUAUACUUGAGCAUGAUUAUGAUGGUUAUUUUACUCAAAAAAGAAGUGCUUCUGGAGCUCUUAGGUUACAUCCUCUGCAAAAGAUGACCACGGCAAUGCGGAUGCUAACAUAUGGAAUAGCAGCUGAUGGUGCUGAUGAGUACAUCCGGUCUGCUGAGGCUACUAAUUUAGAGUCUUGCAAGAAAUUUGUGAUCAAAGUUUGUGAAGUUUUUGAGGAAAGGUACCUGAGAUCUCCAAAUGAAGAAGACAUUGCUAGGUUACUUGCAAUAGGGGAGGAAAGAGGAUUUCCUGCUGAAGGCCAAACUCCUCCAGUGAAUUAUAGCAUCAAUGGCCAUCAGUACACAAUGGGGUAUUAUCUUGGAGAUGGUAUCUAUCCAUGGUGGGCAACAUUUGUGAAGAGCAUACCAGCUCCAGAUACCAGAAAACAUAAAACUUUUGCCAAGAGGCAAGAGGGGGCUAGGAAAGAUGUGGAACGAGCCUUUGGAGUUCUUCAAUCCCGUUUUGCCAUUGUUCGUGGACUUGCUAAAGGAUGGAAACGUAAAGAAAUCGGUGAUGUCAUGAAAGCUUGUGUCAUAAUGCACAAUAUGAUAGUUGAAGAGGAGCGACAAACUGGUCGGCAAAGCUGCACUUUUGAGGCAAUGGGAGAAAGAGUCACGGUCUCUCGUACUCAUGCGGAACAACUGAGCUCUUUUAUUCAGAUGACUCACCGGAUUAUAGAAAUCAAGGUGAACAUGAUCAGCUUAAACUUGAUCUAA